AUGGCCAGACUAGCCCGGGCCCUCUUGAUGGCCUCGGGCCUACUCCUGGCCGCCGGCAGGCCCGCAGCCGCACAGAACCAGACCCAGGGCGAAGGCCUGCACUCGCUGAUGGUGGCAGCCGGCAAGCUGUACUUCGGCACCGCCAUGGACACGGGCAAUUUCAACGACCCGGCCUACAUGGCCAUCGUAACCAACAAGAGCGAGUUCGGCAUGUUCACGCCCGAAAACUCGAUGAAGUGGCAGGUGACCGAGCCUCAGCUGGACAAGUUCUCCUUCACCCAGGCAGACGAGGUCGCCCAGAAGGUCAAGUCCAACGGCCAGAUGCUGCGCUGCCACACCCUGGUCUGGUACUCGCAGCUGCCAACCUUCGUCGCCAACGGCAGCUGGACCCCGGCCACGCUCAGCGCCGUGAUGACGGCGCACAUCACCAACGUCGUGACGCACUACGCGGGGCAGUGCUACGCGUGGGACGUCGUCAACGAGGCGCUCAACGAGGACGGGACCUUCCGACAAUCCGUCUUCUUCCAGACGCUCGGCAGCGCCUUCAUCCCGCUGGCCUUCCGCGCCGCCGCCGCCGCCGACCCGCGCGCCAAGCUGUACUACAACGACUUCAACCUGGAGACCACACCCGCCAAGACGGCCGGCGCGCUCCGCAUCGUCCAGCUGCUCCAGUCCAACAAAACCCGCAUCGACGGCGUCGGCUUCCAGGCCCACCUCGCCGUCAACCACACCCCGCCGCGCACCAGCCUGGCCGCCACCCUGCGCCGGUUCACCGCCCUCGGCCUCGAGGUCGCAUACACGGAGCUGGACGUGGCGCAGACGGCCCUGCCGGAGAGCGCGGCCGCGCUGGCGCAGCAGGCGCGCGACUACGUCGCUGUUGUCGGAUCGUGUCUGGACGUGCCCCGGUGUGUGGGCGUCACCGUCUGGCAGUUCACUGACAAGUUCAGCUGGGUGCCGGCCGCGUUCCCGGGACGGGGCGAGGCGUGUCUGUUUGCUAGUGAUUAUAGCCGCAAGCCGGCUUAUGAUGCGCUUGUGGCGCUGUUGAGGGGGAGGCGUCUUCGAUGA